AGCCUGCACUGGAGCAGAGCUGCGACUGGGUGAAGGGCCAAGAGCACCGUCCAGAGAGCCACACCCCCUCUCCAGCCGAGGCAGGGCUACCAGCGCCAACACUCGCAGCGGCAGCAGGAACAAACCGCCCAUCCCAAGGCACUUUGAGAAAUUCAGGAUGCGGAUGUCUCUGGUCUCUGCCUGCCUCGCCCUGGGCCUGGCCCUCACCUUUGGUGAAGGGUCUGCCUCCUACCAGCACCAGUCUCCGGCGGCCAGCCUGGCCACAGACUUUGGAGUGAAGGUGUUUCAGCAGGUGGUGCAGGCCUCCAAGGACCGCAACGUGGUUUUCUCACCCUAUGGGGUGGCCUCAGUCCUGGCCAUGCUGCAGCUGACCACAGGAGGAGAAACCCGACGGCAGAUCCAAGAGGCGAUGCAAUUCAAGAUUGAAGAGAAGGGCAUGGCCCCUGCCCUCCACCGACUGUACAAGGAGCUCAUGGGGCCAUGGAACAAGGAUGAGAUCAGCACGGCCGAUGCCAUCUUCGUGCAGCGGGACCUAGAAUUGAUCCAUGGUUUCAUGCCCAACUUCUUCAGGCUGUUCCGUACCACGGUCAAGCAGGUUGACUUCUCUGAAGUGGAGAGAGCCAGGUUCAUCAUCAAUGACUGGGUGAAAAGACACACAAAAGGCAUGAUCAGCGACUUACUUGGUGAAGGGGCUGUGGACCAGCUGACACGCCUGGUCCUGGUGAACGCCCUCUACUUCAACGGCCAGUGGAAGAUGCCCUUCCCAGAGUCGAACACCCACCACCGCCUCUUCCACAAGUCCGACGGCAGCACCGUCUCUGUGCCCAUGAUGGCUCAGACCAACAAGUUCAACUACACUGAGUUUACCACCCCCGACGGCCAUUACUACGACAUCCUGGAAUUGCCCUACCACGGGAACACUCUCAGCAUGUUCAUUGCUGCCCCCUAUGAAAAAGAGGUGCCGCUCUCUGCCCUCACCAGCAUUCUGGAUGCUGAGCUCAUCAGCCAGUGGAAAGGGAAUAUGACCAGACUGACCCGCCUCCUGGUUCUGCCCAAGUUCUCCCUGGAGACUGAAAUUGACCUCAGGAGGCCGCUGGAGAACUUGGGAAUGACUGACAUGUUUAGGUCAAGCCAGGCGGACUUCUCCAGUCUUUCAGAUCAAGAGUCUCUGUACGUGUCGCAGGCGCUGCAGAAAGUGAAGAUCGAGGUGAAUGAGAGCGGCACGCUGGCGUCCUCCUCCACAGCCCUUAUAGUCUCAGCCCGAAUGGCCCCCGAGGAGAUCAUCAUGGACAGACCCUUCCUCUUCGUGGUGCGGCACAACCCCACAGGAACCGUCCUGUUCAUGGGCCAAGUGAUGGAACCCUGACCGUGGGGAAGGCAGCCCUCAUCUGGGACAGAACUGGAGAUGUCCAAGAGGAAGAAAGUCCAGAGCAAAGAAUUUUUAUUAAUUCAUUUUUCUGGAAAAAGAGAAGAUGUUUAUUUAUUUUUUUCUAUGGUAAAUUCUUUCGAAUCUGCCUCUUAGGCCUAACUUUGGGCUCUCUCAGGAGGGGCAAAGAGGACCUUUGAGUUAAACCCUCCAAUGGAGACCCUGGGAGAGACUGGGAGGCGUAACACCCAGCCGGCCUCCCAACUGGACUGCAGGACUCCCAGGACUGCUGGCCCAGCUGCUUCUGCCCAUCGCUCUGCCUGUUCGGGUCUUGGGUCUCGGAUCCCACCAAGGCCCUGGUAGGAUGGCACCACAAGGCUUACAUGAAGGAGCGUUUGUGUGCUCGCUAGAAUUGUGUGUUCCGGUCACGUUGCCGUCACUCUUGCACUGUCUGCCACUGCUGAGAAGGCGGGCAGCAGGCCCGAGAAGGCCAAGACGAGAAACACCCUUUCAUGCCAAGUUCCAUCCUCCCCCAGCUCCGAGGUUCGAGACCCACGCAGGCCUGGCUGCUCCCUCCCCAGGAAACCGUGUGCAUAUAUUAUUUUGGAGUGUAGGUGACUUGUUUACUCAGAGAAGCAGGUUUCUGCUUCACACACACUUUAUGUUGCAGAAACAGAAGGAGAGAGACGAGGUGUGUGCCUGGUCUUGGUUCCCGUCUCCUGGUGGGGAGGGGGAGAUGCCAGGGGUGUGCCCGAAUAUUUAUCGCAUCCUUGUCCUUGUGCGCUUGGGAGAGAGAAAGGUCUACUGAGAAGGCACGUUGUUUAACGUGUUCACCGUGUUCCCUCCGGGGGUCUGUGUCACUGCAUCUCAGGGGAGGCCUCUUGAGUGUCCCUCCCCUCGCCCAGGUGGCAAGCCUCCCGGCGCUCACACUGCCACCUGGUGGUGGCCCAAUGCCCCCGCGCCUCUCCUUUCCCGGAUUUUCCACCCGAUGGAGCCACGUCCCUGGCGGGACCAUCCAACUUCGGCUCACUUUCAGAGAGCGAAAGGAUGUGGCGGGUGAAGGGAGAUGGAGUGGUUUCAAAAUUUUCCAAUAUAUUUAGGCGCAGGAGUGCAAGGGGCUCCACGACCUAGCAGGACAGAACUUUCCCCAAUUACAGGGUGACUCACAGCCGCGCUGGUGACUCACUCCAAUGUGUCAUUUCCGGCUGCUGUCUGUGAGCGGUGGACACGUGAGAGAGAGAGAAAGAGACAGCCUGCUCGGGCUCAAUUACCUCCGGCAGAUAAUCUUUCUGAAAGCCAGCUAGCUGAGGGGGUACAGAGAGAGGACCGACUGAUUGAAGAAUUGCACAUAGAUGUCGAAUGAAUGUAACCUAAUACAACCCUAAUCAUCCUGCUGUGCCCUUCAGUGAAGAAUCUUCCUUCUUUGUGCGUAUGUUGGUUUUUUUUUUUCUUUUUUCAUGAUGCACUGGACAGUGACAGCCACACUCAGUACCCCCACUUGUGGGGUCCAUGGCUCUUGAAAUUGCUUUUUCACUUUUGAUAUAGAAGCAAGUAAAAAAAAAUGUUUUUUAAAAAAAAUAAUAAGUAAAUAAAAAGAAUAUUCCAAAAUA